CCCACUCCGACUCCGAAGCCGGGGCCUCGGUUGACGGUCUGGCGGAUCCGGAGGAAGCGGCCCCGCUGGUUCUCCUUCAGGUCGAGGUAGUACUUGCGGUUCUCGCGCACCAGGAACUCGCUCUUCAAGGCCCGCCGCGGCCCGCUGUCAUCUCCGCCGGACGACUGCGCGAUCUGCUCCGGGGUGCUGGGCCCCAGCUGGGCGUAGUGCUCGAUGAAGUCGCCCAGGUAGUCGCGGAACUCCGCCGCCACUGACAUGGACAGAGUCAGCCGACUUUUGGAGCCCCCGGCGCCGACCUCGGCGAUUUUGAUGAACCGGCCUUUCGCGUUCUGCUUCACGUCAAGGUAGAAGCGCUUGUUCUGAAUGUCCAGCCGCUUCGACGCCAGCUCCUGGGUCUCCGGCUCCCGCUGGUAGUGCUGGAAGCCGCCGCCGCCACCGCCGCCUCCCCCUCCACCGCCGCUGCUGCCACCGCGCUCACUACCGCUGUCCCCAUCCGCCAUCUUCGCCACCAGCAGCCCGUUUCUCUGCGUGUCUUUGACGCCCACCCCUUCUGCUCGGCCUCGCUCGCAGAGGAAACCGGACACAGGAACCCGAGUUCUGAUUGGUCCGCACAGCUGCCCUUCGCGGCGUCACAGGAGCUUCCGCGCUUCCGUUGGCGGACACCCCUGCCCGUCAUCGCGACGACCCGCCUAUAACUAUGACGUUGGCUUGCGUGUUAUAUUUACAGGCCUCAGCAGAGCAGUCGCUAUUAAAACCUUCCACUGUCAAAGUCUAAAGUCGUUUUCACCAGCGGCUCCGCGCGACUUGACACUUCGCCACCCUGAUUAUCAGUUUUGGACCGAUUCUGAGGUCGUUCGGGAGAUGAAAUCACCAAUCGGUGCUUGGAAGGUCACUGGUUCAAUCCCAGGCUGUCGCGUGUCCUUGAGCAAGACCGAGAAACCUUGCUGGUGGUGGUCACUCCGACUCAGGUGACCGAGCUUUCGUUCAAGUUCAAACGCCUGUGUUGUCGUUAAAACCUCAAGUUGUGUCAGAAUCAUUCAGAUGAGAUGAGACAUCAAAGCAAUUGUUCUUAUUCUUAUUGGAUCAUCAAGCACCACUGAUGAUGGUGACGGUUUUAAAACAGGGUCCCAUGUUCAUCCACAGGGUGGAGGACUCUCUGGACAGGAACCUGGUAUCCUCGGCUGAAAUGAUGUUAAAAGUCUGGCCGGGGGCCGAUCGCGGCCCUUGAUCGCUGUCAGAGUAUUUCAUUUGUAGUUCACCAGCAGUGAAACUAUACAAAGCAUCUUUGUCAAACGGUAGCUGAAGCUCUUGCAGAGCACAACCAGUGAGUCCAAUGAAAGUGACCCCAGGUCAAGCUGCCCACCAUGCUAUGAAGCGCUUCCUGGGUGAAAGAGAGGACCACCAAGAUGGGUGGAAGACUUGGGAUCCAACCGUCGGUGACAGUAAUUCAGUUUCAACACAACAAAGGAGCUUUAUUCUAGAAGACAUGGUUUGAGGAAAUAUUUCAGUGAAGACUAAAUAAAUGGUGUAUUUUCCUCUGCUGGUCUGAGGGAGCAGAAACCUCCUCGAUCUCAAGUGGGAACACCAAAGCCAGCGAAGCGACACCAUCACUCCAUUAAACCCUCGGUUUAGCCGAUGUAAAGUUAUUUCUAAUCUAAUUAUUGUGCAUGUCCACUUUCGUCCAGCAGAGUGCAGCAUUCACUUUGACAUCGGCCUUGACCCUAUGACACAUCCGAGCCUGCUUUAGAGGCGUUAACCGCCCAUCAACCCGCUCCUGACCGCAUGAAUCAACAGUCCAACACGGGUUCCCGACUAGAACGUGUCAUUACGAGCCAUUCUGGGAGGAAAGUCUUCAAAGACACGCCGUCCUCGCGGUCCCGCCUACUUGUUGGUUCCGUGCGCAAAGCUUGAGCGCGACGAUCUCCGGGGUGGGGGAUGGGCGAGCGAGUGUGUAACUCCGUCGCUGAUUGGUCGACGCGGAGUUUCGAAGGAACAACAUGGCUUCUGAUUGGACGAGUGGCCUCCCACGACGGGCGAACGGGUUUAUUGUUUCUUUGCUGUCGGCUGUCUGUUCGGUUCUGCAAUCAAAGGCGAGGCGGAAAACAUGGCUGGAGGCAAGGCAGGAAAAGACAGCGGCAAAGCCAAGGCGAAGGCGGUGUCACGCUCCCAAAGAGCAGGGCUACAGUUCCCGGUGGGUCGUAUCCACAGGCACUUGAAGACCCGCACAACCAGCCACGGCCGCGUCGGAGCCACGGCAGCGGUGUACAGCGCCGCCAUCCUGGAGUACCUCACGGCUGAGGUACUAGAGUUGGCGGGAAACGCAUCCAAAGACUUGAAGGUGAAGCGCAUCACUCCCCGUCACUUGCAGCUGGCCAUCCGAGGCGAUGAAGAGUUGGACUCUCUCAUCAAGGCGACCAUUGCUGGAGGAGGUGUCAUUCCCCACAUCCACAAAUCCCUCAUUGGGAAGAAGGGCCAACAGAAGACUGCAUAGAUGCCGUGUUGACCAUAAACUUCUGGGCUUGGGCUUUGAUUGGACCAUGAGUUCACAUUUGUUCUUUUUUUUAUUAUUAUUAAUAUGAUAGCCGGAGUGAUUGUUAGCAUUUGUGUUGUUCCUCCCUCCCCGUUGGUAGAAGCAGCAACCCUCUUUAAUCUUUUUGUACGUUUACUGUAGGACGUUUGACUGGGGAACAGUGAAUUUGUUUGAUUGGCCCGGGACUCUUGUUUUGUACUGAAAAGAAAAUUGUUAAAACUGUUUUUAUAUGAAACAAAAAAUACUUGUUUGUGCUUAUUUCCUUGAGGUUACAAUAUUUGCUAUAAUGGAAGUUUUUAAGGAGCUAUUUUUUGGAUGACAUAUUACAGCUACAUGUAAGAUGGUGCUUUUCCCCUUUGACUUACUGUAAUAUUUUGAACUGCACAAUGACAGUGUAUUAAAA